CUUAUUAGGCCUUGCUGUACUCACCUCCUCUCUCACCUCCUCCUCCCCUUCUCCCCCCCACCUCUCCCUCCUCUCCUCCUUCGCCUCCCUCCUUUUCAACUGGACCCAAGCCUUCGCCCACUCCCUCACUUCAAGCCAGGAUCCACCUCCCCCAGGUGGACCUUCCUUCCCCCCGCCCCCAGCAGUGGACGGGUGGGGUGACCCCAUCUCCCUGCCUACCCCACCAUCCUCCCUAGGCCCCUCCUCGGCCAAUCACGUGCCCCCACCUGUCCUCGCAGCAGCAGCAGCGCUGGCGCUGCCUCUGAUAGCUGAGUGUGGGGUGAGAGGGGGGAGACAGGCAGGGGGGGGGGAGAGGGAGGUAGAGAAAUGGCAGCUGCUCAAUCAGGUGGGCAGGGAGAGUGGAUAGAGGAGGAGAAAAUGGCAGAAUGGACAGACGGACUGAGGAGAGUUUUUCAAGAGGUAAUGCACUUGAAGAGACAGCCGCUGGUGCUGCCCUUGCCUGUGGACCAAGCGCAAGCACAAGCAGAGUCCCUCGCACUGCUGUCCGUGCCGCACCUGCCACUGCCGAACCUACCAGGCUUGGUGCUGGAUGAAGAUACGUUGCUGCUGCUGCACCAGCAGCACCAGCAGCAGUACCAGCAGUACCAGGAGCGCCUGGGGCAAAACCAGCAGCAGCAGCAGCAUCUACCGCCGGGCUCGGUUCUUUUUCCCGUUGGUGAGAAUUUUGCUGCCACAGGCGCGGCCAACAGAGACCCUUUUGGUGCUUAUACCGAAGCUGACUACACAGGAACAGGCGCCUUCACCACCACAGCAGCAGCAGCAGCAGCAGCAGCAGGCACACCUGGAUUCCACGGCCCUCCCCCAGUGUUCCUGGGAGCUGUUUCCCUCUCUCUGGCCUCCAUGGUGCAUGCGUCUCUCUGCUGCGAUGUCGCCCUGCCCCUUGGGGCGAUCAGGGACGUGCUGAGCCCCCUGCUGGGCGCUCUCAAAGGGGAGAAGGGGAGUGGCUCUGCUGCUACUGCUGCUGCUGCUGCUGCUGCGACAGCAGUGGGCGAAAGUGUAGGUGUUUCCGAUAGUUGCAGAGGCGGCAGUGCAGGCUUAGGUGCAUCAGCGCUUCUUCCCAGCAGCGUGAGAGCGGCAGCAGCCAUGGCAGUCGCAGCACUGCUAGGCUCUCCUCUUCUGCUCACCUCGCUCCCGCCCUACCACACACAGCACCCGAAUGCUUCCUCUGCUGCUCCUGCUGCUGCCACCUCUUCUGGUGUGACUAAUUCCGCUGCAGCAUCGGUACCUAUCACUGCUGGUGCGGCCAGCACAUCAGCCGAUCAGAUCCUUGUGAUUGGCCCACUCCUCUUCUCCCCGAACGACGCCGUCCAAUCGUCUGUCAGGGACGCGCUCCAGUCAUUGGUCGAGGCGUACCGCCGCGACCGCCACGUCAGCGUCAAGCGCCAGGCUGGCUGGGCGCUGGCGCUCUGCGUGGAAGCUUCCCGGAAGCUGUCCGGCGAGGGUGAGGAGGAGGAGGAAGAUGAGGAGGAGGAGGAGGAUGGGGGGUGGAGAGGAGGUCUGGGAAGCGGAGGGAGUGGAGGUGAAGGGAGAGGAGUUUGGGGGGAAGAAGGAAGAGGGGGAGGAGGGAGUGGAGGGAGGAGGGGAGGAGGGGAGGAGAAACAGUGGCUGCUGGCUCAGUUCCCUCCCGACAGUGUGGUGCGGCUGCUGGCGUCGUGGCUGCUGGAAAGGAGUCUGCACGUGGGGGGUGGGGCAAGCACGGGAGCCGGCAGUCUGUGGGACGCUGCCAGCGUGCCAGCUGUCGCGUCCUCAUUGGUCCUCCUCUCGCACGCCCCACGGGUCCCCUCCCUAGACUGGCCGUCCAUCCUCCGCCGUUUCCUCCGCCGUGCCUCUGGGGUUUCUCCUGCCUCCCAUGCUGCUCUGCUGCUCCUCCCUGAUCAUUCUGCAUCUGCAGCAGCAGGAGGGCCAGCAGCGGCAGCAGCAGCAGCAGCAGCAGCAGCAGCAGGGCCAACAGCACUGCCAUACCCAUCAGCAGCAGCAAGCGCAGCAGCCGAUGCGGACAACCUACGCUGUGCAUGCCUCCACUUCGCCGCCCACCGCGGGAUCGUCCCCUUCCUCGAUGACCUCACUGCUGACGUCAGCAGGCUCGUCCAGCUGGCGCCGGCGGUGCAGCGGGCGCUGCUGUCGCGACACCUGGCAGCCGUGGUGGCGCUGUUCUCCCAGGAAAGGUCGCGGAAGCUUCUGAGGGACGUGAUGGUGCUGGUUCGGACGUAUAUGGCUGCUGCUUCUGGCGCCGCUGCUGCUGCCGCUUCUACUGCUAGUAGGGCUCGUGCUGCUGCUGCUGCUGCUGCUGCUGCUGCUGCUGCUGCUGCUGCUGGCUCUGCAGAUGCUCCUUGUGCUGGCGUCACCGGUGCUGUAAGUUCUAGUGCAUCUCUGGAGAGAGGAGAAGGGUUAGUGUCAGAGGAAGGGGAGGAAGCCACUUCAGAGUGGUUCCGAAAGAAGGGCUCCUCCGCAGGAGCAGGAGGAGCAACAGGAGGAGCAGCAGCAGCAGCAGCAGGAGGAGGAGCAGCAGGAACACCUUUAAGGGAUGAAGGGGGCAAAUCACGGUCUGUAGCAUCAGUCCUAACAACAGCAACUGCUGUGGUGCCAGCAGAAGCAUCAAUACCAGCACCGGCACUAGCACCAUCAGCAGCAGCAGCUGUAGCAAGAGCAGCCUUGGUAGAAGCGAGGGAGUCUGCGGCAGCAGCUGCUGCAGUGAGGGUAUGGGCCUGGAUGGGCCUGGGAGCCAUUCUAUCGACAUCUCACUCUCACCACGGGCCAGCAAACAAAGCAGAGGCGCCCUAUCCGCCCGCAUCGCGGGCCGAUGCUUCUCGAGUAUGGAGGCGCGAUGCUACUGCUUCUGCUGCUGGUGCUGCUGGUGCUUCUGGUGGUGGUGCUGGUGGUGGUGGUGGUGCUGCUGCUGCUGGUGCUGGUGGCGAUUGCUUUACCAGCAGCAGCAUUGGAGACCAGUUUGGAGGGGGGAUGGUUGAGGCAGAGGCGUGGGCGUGUGUUGGGGAGCUCAUGCGAUGUCUGCCACUGCCUCGACCGAGAUUCCAGUCCUUGGUGCAGAAAGCAGAGGAACCAGAGGGAGGAGAGGGAGGAAAGGGAGGAGAGGGAGGGGAGGGAGGGGAGGAGCGGUGGAAGGGAAAGAAGGUAUCACAGGAGCAGCAGCAGCAGCAGCAGCAGCAGCAGGUGAAGGAACGGGCAGGGACCAGGAAGGCCAUAAAGCACAGCAGCCAAUGGGAGGGCGACAGCUGGCCGCUGGAUGAGAGCCCGGAGUGGCGGGCGGUGGUGGAGUGCCUUGGAGUGAUGCGGCGAGAGGACGUGCUGGGGCUGCUCAAGGUCCCAUCACCAUCAGCUUCACCCAUCCCCAACCCGACCCCCUCCACCUCCCCCAGUAGCCGCCUUCCCCACCUCGUCUUCUCCCCAGCAGCAGCCCGCGCAGUCGCCAUGCGUCUGCACCUCCUGCGAAUCACCCCGCGCCACCUGUCCCUUGAUGACGUGGCACCGUGCCGUGUGUUUCUCUGCGAGCAUCCACUGCCAGCUAGCUACACGUGGCUGCUGGUGGAGCUCGCCAGCGCAGUGGCAGCAGCACCAGAGGAGCAACGCCUGCCAUUCCUCCUCGACACGCUCGACUCCGUUCAAGUUGCUCGCUGCCCGUGGACGGCUCUGCGGCUCUUCGCUCUCAUGCUCACCCGUCUCUCCCCCGACCGCCUCCUCCUCCCCACCAACCCCACUGCCGCAGUCUUCCACCUGCCCCGCACCCUCCCCCCUCUGCUCUCCCAGCGUGGCCUAGCAGGCUCCGUAGGGGCCAUAGUCUCCCGCUUCCAGUCGCUGCUCUCCUGGCUGUCAGAUGACAAGGAGCACCUGUUUUGGGACGCUGGAAAUGCCUUGAGAUGUGGCAGGGCAUGGGAGGGUGCGCACGGUACGGGAGAUGAUGUAUGUGGGAGUAAGGGUGUGGAAGGGGCGGGCAGCAGCAGGGACAGUUUGACUGGUAACAGCAGCAGCACAAGCUGCAGCUGCUCAAGCCACAGCAGAAUGCUGCGAGUGCGUGUGUUAAGGGAUGUGGUGGUGGAUGUCCUGAGGGCUUUGCGCCACCAUCUGCCAUCCGACGCAGUGUCGAGCCUUUGCUUGAGCAAUGUGGUGUUGCAGGGGUAAUAAAGCAGCAGCAGCAUCAGCAGAGGCUCCAGAAUCAGUUGCAGCAGCAGCAGCAAUCAGCGAGUGCAUGUGUUGAGGGAUGUGGUGGUGGAUACGUUGAGGGCUCUGCACAACCAUUUGCCAUCCGAUGGUGUCGAGCUAGGCAACCAAAUUGUAAUGCCACUAAAAAGUGCUAUGACGUACGAGAAAGGGUACCAUACCAUCCUACCUUGUGCCAGAGAUAUGACACGUCACGACCCCAUCGACAAUAACGAUCUUGUUGAGCGACCCACUGGGGUUGCCCCAGAGACCCUUGGAAGGGCCAUACGCUUCUAUGCCUGGGGGGUUCUGGGCAUGCUGACCUGCUAAGAGAAAAGAAACCCUUUUAGCACAGUGGUUAGCGACUGUGCUUUAUGAUAGAUCUUUCCACAUUGGCAGUUGUAAUUGUCGAGAGAAUCAAGUGACUAGGCGUAGGAAUACAGCUGGGUUUAUCUACUGUUGUACUGUACCCCAUAUAAGUCUAA